GGGAAAUUUGAGUUAGUGCGGCUCUUGCGAAAAGACUAGUGGUAAUGAAUGAGCUGGAGAAAUUAUUAAGUUAGUAUCGAGUCUUUCUCUUUACGCUAAACUUUAAUAAAGGUAAAGCUACAAACCCGAUAUCAGACCAGUAUGACUCUGACACUGUGAAUGAAAUUGCAAAGCUGAUUGAUACUCAACCUAAUGGUCCAGUCUUUACUCUUCGACUUCUCGCCCAUAAAAUUAAGUCUCCACAUGAAAAAGAAGCUCUUAGCUCUUUAAUGCUGUUAGAGUUUUUAUCCAAGCGUUGUGGUCCAACAUUUAUAUCCGAACUUGGGAAGUUCAAGUUUCUCAACGAACUAAUCAAAGUUCUAUCGCCCAAGUAUCUUGGUGACCAGACAUCUUCAUGUGUAAAAAACAAGUGUGCUCAGUUGCUUCAUAAUUGGCAACGUGAUUUCUCACCAAAUGAACCGAAGUUUGCUGAGGCAUACAAUAUGCUUGUUCGAGAAGGUAUUAUAACUGCAAGUCAGAUAGUUUCUACUGACUCCGUUUCAGAGGUAUGUCGCUCAGGCUCUUCAGCCACUGAAAAUAGGCAAAAUAUUUUUGAACGUAACAAAAAAUCAGAGCGUUUAACUCAAUUACUUCGUAGUCGUAAUCCAGCUGAUCUACGUGAAGCGAAUGCGCUUAUUAAGAGUAUAGUUGAAGAAGAUCAAGUACGUAUGGAAAAAGUAAGCCAAAGAACUAGUGAAAUGGAAGCAUUAAGAAAUAAUACCAUAUUAUUAGAAGAAAUGAUUGGGACAUAUUUAUUAGGUGAAAGUACUGAGGCUGAAUUAGAAUUGAUGAGUGAAUUAACACAGAAUAUACGUAGAGCACGUCCAUUAUUAUAUAGUUUCUCUUUAACACAUGAAGAACAAGAUAUUGAAACAUUGACUGAAAUUGGUCAAAUAUGUGACAGAGCUAGUGAAGUUUUAGCAAAUUAUGAACAAAAAAUAUCCAAUCGAAAAUCAUUAUCCUCAUCAAAAUCAUCCUCUAUAAUGAAUGAUAAUUCUUCUUCUUCUUCUUCUUCUUCUCAAUUAUCAUCCAAUGAUAAUCACUUGUCAUCAUCUAAUCCUAUUCCUGAUCUUUUAACACAAGAUUUAAUGAAUUUAGGCAUAAAUGAUGAUCCAAUCACACCAAUCACAUCUUCUAAUGCUAAUGUAUACUCUCCAGAUGUUUUAUUAUUGAAUAGUUCACAUUCAUUUCUUGUUAAUCAUCUUCAUAAUUCAUCAUCAUCAUCAUGUAAUCAAAUAUCACGUCCAAUUGAAUCAAAAUGUUCAUUGAACAGUAGUAACCAUUUUAUGGGUAAUAAUCUUGGUAUUAGAAAAAAGUCAAACUAUGAUGAUUUACAAGAUAUUUUUUCUAUAAAUACUACUAAUACUUCUACUACUGCUAAUACUACGACUACGACGACGAUGACGACUACUUCUGGGUCAACAAUACUCCCUACUUCGUCAACUCUUUACCCAUCAAUAUUCAGUUCUGUAGAUUCUAAAACUUCAAAACAAACCUUGUCUCCUGAACAUGGAUCUUCUGUAAAUUCCAAUUCCAACGUCUUCAGCGAACUAGAUAGUUUGAGUCGUCAAAUGCUUAACUUAUCAAAAACAAAUGCGUUGACAGAUACAAAUCUAUCAAUAUUACUAGCAAAUAAUUCUCCAAGUAAAAUAAAACCCGAUGAUGCUAAUGAUAAUAACAUAUCCCUAUGUAUGAAUGAUGUAGUUGUCAGUAUGAAUAACACUCCCACUAGUAAUAAUCACAAGAUGGAAGAAGUAACAUCAUCAGAAGUUAUAACACAAAGUGUAAUUGAUCUUAAAUCAUUUGAUAUUCAACUUUCUUCUGUUCAACCUCAUUCAAUAUAUAAAACACCAUUGACACUUUAUCCAACUGAUAUAUCACAAGAGAAUGAUAAUACUUAUAACAUACAAUUAACAUUACAUUAUGCUAAUAAUAAACCACAUCCUGAAGUGAUGGUUUUUGUUGCUGUUAUAUCUAGUCGAAAUGUUUUACCUAUUACUGAAAUCAAUGUUAGAUUUGGUGUUGAAAAGCCAUUUAAAAUACGACAACUGAUUGCAUCUGGACAAAAUCUUCCAUCUUAUACAACAUUUCUACCACCUGCAUCAAUUAGUCAAGUAUUAUUAAUUUAUAAUCCAUCUAAAUUAGAAAAAUUUGUAUUGAAAUUUCAACUAUCGUUUAUAUUAGAUGGUGAAUCGAUUCUAGAAUCUGGGAAGUUAGAAUUACCAUGUGGUUGACAUUAAUAUUAUUAUUACCACUACUACUACUACUACCGCUAUCGCUACUACUACUACUACCACCACCACCACCACCACAUAAUUCAAUGCUAUUUUUCUUUAUUCUCAACUGAACAUUUAAGAGGAUAGAUGUUCUUCUCGUGAUAAUAGUAAUGAUAAUAAUAUAAAUUUUAUUAUGUAAAAGUAUUUGUCAUUCCCCCUUCCCAUGAUUGAUGAUGGACUGAUUGUGAAUGAAUGGAUGGAUGUGACUUCCCUUCUGUUAUAUAUUUACACUGAGUCUAGGGGAAUAAACAAAGAAACAGACAAUAAAAAAGCUUUGUGAUAAACUUUUUUUUUAUACAUUUAUAUGUUAAUUUAUGAAUUGCUUCUUGUAAAGUUCCAUUCAUUUUUCUCUCAUCUCUCAUUAUCUUCUUUUAUAAAAGUUUAAGCAAAAAUUUAUAUUGAUGCUUAUUGUUUUCAACUAAUAUAAUGAUGCUACUGAUUUAAAGUAAGUAGUAAAAUGUAUUUCAAUACAUUUUCAUUUGUUAUCAUUGAUGUUGAUCCUAGAAAGUUUCAGAUUUUGUUGUGUCAUUAUUGUUUGUUCUUUAAUUAUUUAUUCAUAUCUAUUGUCCGUUUUGGUUGUAAAUCAUAUGUUCUUUCUUUUCUUUUUUUUUAUAAAAUGAAAUAUGUCGAAUUUGCCUCAAAUGAUUGUUAAUAACAAAAGCUAAAUCACUUCACAGAUAAAAAAAGAGUCGUAUCAUCUAUCUUCGACUACUUCUUAAUCUUCAUUAUGUUUAUUCUUGAUUCUUUCAGUAUUGAAUGUGUUCUUAUCUGAACUUAUCUUUUUUCUUCUUUAUAUAGUCAUGAAACGUUUUUCAGAUCAUUACUUGAAGCAAGCAAUAAAAUCGUAUGAUAAUACAAUAAUAAUAUGGCUAUAAUUUAUUCACAUUUUUUCUUUUUUUUCUAAUCGUUUUUGAUAUAAAGUGAACUAUGGUGAUAUAUUUUGUUUGAACCCUAUUUUUAAUUUUUAAUUUGACACAUAGAUAUUGGUAAAAGGAGGCACCAAAUAGAGAUAUGUGCCACACAGAUCUCAUUUGAUAUG